AUGUUUUUCUUCUGGUCCCUCGUUAUCGGCCUUGCAACGGUCUCUUCAGCUAAAUCUUCAGAUGAUCUGGAUUGUACUGGAAUCAAUGGCAUCAGACCACAAUGUGAAUCUCAGGAGACAUCUUACAAACGCGAUGUUUUCUGGGUAGGAGGGCAUUACGUGAACGCAGCCAUUGGUCUGUUGACCUACGAUCAGGCGUAUGUUGAAAAGUUGACUCCACAUAAGGGUAUCAAGAAACCAUAUCCUGUGGUCUUAUUCCACGGUGGAGGAGUUUCCGGUGCAACAUGGCUCAAUACACCUGAUAAUCGCAAAGGCUUUGCAUCGAUGUUCUUGGACUUAGGUUACCAAGUUUACGUUGUCGAUCAAACUAGUGUAGGUCGCGGAACCCAAGAGGAUCUCGUAGGAUAUCCUUUGAGAAUUGGAUCAACUGCAAACAUCAGUGAGGUUGGUUUCACAGCUCCAGAAAUCGCCAACGCUUAUCCCCAAAGCCAACAACACACUCAAUGGCCCGGUACUGGAGUCAGAGGAGAUCCAAUCUUUGAUGCGUUUGAGAGUUCUUUCAUGCCAUUGACUACCAACAAUACUCGACAAGAAAUAUCGAUGCGCGCUGCUGGUUGCGAACUUCUUCAAUUGAUUGGCCCAUCAUUCUUGAUUUCUCACUCCAUUGGCGCAAUCCACCCAAUUGUAAUUUCAGACGAAUGUCCAGAUCUCGUGCUCGGAAAUGUCAAUCUCGAACCUGGAAACAUUCCAUUCGAGUCCUAUACCGGAAACGCAACAUCUUCUGUUGGAAGAUCAGCUGCUCGUCCAUUUGGCUUGACUGUCUCCAAUCUUAAUUAUGAUCCUCCUAUUUCCAACUAUACCGAACUCGUCACCGAGACGGUUGGCGAGGAUACCCCAGAGAGCAGAUCUUGCAUUCAACAAAGCAGUGCCGCAAACUACACCAUCCAUACUCUCCCUAAUGUAGCCAAGGUACCAUACGUCGCAUUCACCGGCGAAGCAUCUCCUCACAUUACUUACGAACACUGUGUUAUUCAAUACCUCAACCAAGUUGGUGUAAAGACUGAUUGGAUCAAGAUGGCUGAUGUUGGUGUUCACGGCAAUGCUCAUUUCGGAUUCUUGGAGAAGAACAAUGACGAAUAUUUCAAGGUUGUUGAAGCUUGGAUCAAAAAGGCUGCCAAUGGAAUUGGUUCAUCUGAUUCCGGCGGAAGAUAUUCGCAUUGGAGAGCAUAG